GCCCUCCCGCUCCUCUUUCUCCUCCUCCUCCUCUCGAGCCUCCUCCCCUCGCGCGCGGCGCUGACAGCCAGCCUCGGCGGGGAGAGUGCAGGUACUUUGCCUUCAGAAUAAUUUGCAGGACCCAAGCCGGCUUUCGAAGCGCCCUUUCUUCUUCUUCCUUUGCCCCUCCCUACGGAAAAGAAGAUCCCACUUUUGAAACAAUCAGAACCGAAGCACCCCACCAAAGCCUAACCCUGACGGGCUGCUGUGCAUGUGCCGUCCCUUUUUGCAGUUUAUUCUGGGCCUGUGUGGAAUAGAAAGACAAUUCUUUAUUUGACUGGUAGGAAAGAAAAGAGAAGACUCCUCAGGGUUUCCAAGGAGGACUGGAGCGGCUGCUUUAGUGAAGAAAUGAAGAAUCAAAGAAGUAAAGGACCUGUCUCAAAGUCACACAACUAGGAAAUCUUGAGGAGUUUGAUGCUUUUCAUCCUCCAGCCAUAAAAUCAUCUUGUGGGGGGAGGCUGUACACUGGUAGAAAUAAAAGGCAAGCAGUUCCUGGCCCGUGAUAUUCCAGUUAGAGGUGUCUGACUGACAGCAUGUUGGCACCGAGGGAAGCGAUGGGCUUUGGCUCCAGGUUUCUGUCCUGAGACCACAGCAGAAUGUGCCUUGGACAAAGGCUUGGACUCCUGAAUCGUCUGGUAACUUCAAAAAUCUGGUCUCAGGGUGGUGAACGUUUUCUUUGAAUUCCAAACCUGUGAGCUUACGAUGAUGGUGCCUGUCCAUUAACUGAACAACUGUGGUUUUGAACUUCUUGAGGCCAGGGACUGUGUCUGAAAACACCUACAGUGGCUAACACAAGGGAGACGUCUGGUGAACACCCGUGGGAUCUAAAGAACAAGCUCUGAAAGUGUUCCAGCUGAAAUUUCAGAUUGGACAGACUCGCUGCGGCUCCGGAGGCAGUGAUUCCAAGCUGCUCGUGUGCGCUGCUGCCAAGCUGCAGGAUGGUGCACGUAGCCCGGCUGCUGCUGCUGCUCCUCACUUUCUUCCUCCGCACGGAUGCUGAGACACCUCCAAGGUUUACACGAACACCCGUUGAUCAGACAGGGGUCUCUGGCGGAGUUGCCUCUUUCAUCUGCCAAGCUACGGGAGACCCAAGACCUAAAAUUGUCUGGAACAAAAAAGGAAAGAAAGUCAGCAAUCAGAGAUUUGAGGUAAUAGAGUUUGACGAUGGGUCUGGAUCAGUUCUCAGAAUACAACCCUUACGGACUCCGAGGGAUGAGGCCAUUUAUGAAUGUGUGGCCUCAAAUAAUGUGGGAGAAAUAAGUGUAUCCACCAGACUCACAGUUUUACGGGAAGAUCAAAUUCCCAGGGGCUUCCCUACCAUUGACAUGGGCCCACAGUUGAAGGUGGUUGAGCGUACUCGCACGGCCACCAUGCUUUGUGCAGCCAGUGGUAAUCCGGAUCCAGAAAUCACUUGGUUUAAAGAUUUCUUACCCGUGGACACAAGCAACAACAAUGGUCGUAUUAAGCAGUUACGAUCAGAAUCUAUUGGUGGUACACCAAUAAGAGGAGCUCUUCAGAUUGAGCAGAGUGAAGAGUCUGACCAAGGAAAAUAUGAGUGUGUUGCCACCAACAGCGCGGGCACUCGCUAUUCCGCUCCUGCCAAUUUAUAUGUCAGAGAGCUGCGAGAAGUUCGCCGUGUCCCACCAAGAUUCUCUAUCCCACCCACUAAUCAUGAAAUCAUGCCAGGUGGAAGCGUUAAUAUCACCUGUGUGGCCGUGGGGUCACCAAUGCCUUAUGUAAAGUGGAUGUUGGGGGCAGAAGAUCUGACACCUGAAGAUGAUAUGCCAAUAGGAAGAAAUGUGCUAGAACUGAAUGAUGUAAGACAGUCAGCAAAUUACACCUGUGUUGCUAUGUCGACACUGGGUGUCAUUGAAGCAAUAGCACAGAUCACUGUCAAAGCCUUACCCAAACCUCCAGGAACUCCUGUAGUGACCGAGAGCACAGCUACAAGCAUCACACUGACGUGGGACUCUGGGAACCCUGAGCCUGUUUCUUAUUACAUAAUUCAGCAUAAACCUAAAAACUCUGAGGAACCUUACAAAGAAAUUGAUGGGGUGGCGACCACACGCUACAGUGUCGCUGGACUAAGUCCCUACUCGGAUUAUGAAUUCAGGGUUGUUGCUGUCAAUAACAUUGGGCGGGGGCCUCCCAGCGAACCUGUGCUGACACAGACCUCAGAGCAAGCGCCAUCCAGUGCCCCAAGGGAUGUCCAGGCAAGAAUGUUGAGUUCUACCACCAUUUUGGUACAGUGGAAGGAACCUGAAGAGCCGAAUGGACAGAUCCAAGGAUAUAGAGUUUAUUAUACAAUGGAUCCCACUCAACAUGUGAACAACUGGAUGAAACACAAUGUAGCUGACAGCCAAAUCACUACUAUUGGCAACUUAGUGCCCCAGAAAACAUAUUCUGUCAAAGUCCUGGCUUUUACCUCAAUUGGAGAUGGUCCACUUUCAGGUGACAUACAAGUCAUCACUCAGACAGGAGUACCAGGGCAGCCACUAAACUUCAAAGCAGAACCUGAGUCUGAAACAAGUAUUUUGCUCUCUUGGACACCUCCACGCUCAGAUACCAUUGCCAACUAUGAGCUGGUCUACAAAGAUGGGGAGCAUGGAGAGGAGCAACGAAUUACCAUUGAGCCAGGGACAUCAUAUAGGCUGCAAGGACUGAAACCAAAUAGCUUAUACUAUUUCCGUCUGGCUGCACGCUCCCCUCAAGGCCUGGGUGCUUCUACUGCAGAAAUAUCAGCUAGAACCAUGCAGUCAACAGUGUUUGCAAAAAAUUUUCAUGUCAAAGCAGUAAUGAAGACUUCCGUGUUGCUGUCUUGGGAGAUUCCAGAGAAUUAUAACUCUGCCAUGCCUUUCAAAAUUCUUUAUGAUGAUGGGAAAAUGGUAGAAGAAGUAGAUGGCCGAGCCACACAGAAGUUAAUUGUCAACCUGAAGCCUGAGAAGUCAUAUUCAUUCGUGCUGACAAAUCGUGGGAAUAGUGCUGGUGGGCUGCAGCACAGGGUCACAGCAAAGACUGCACCGGAUGUGUUACGUACCAAGCCUGCCUUCAUUGGGAAGACCAACUUGGAUGGCAUGAUUACUGUGCAACUGCCUGAAGUACCUGCAAAUGAGAAUAUAAAAGGUUACUACAUAAUAAUCGUGCCUUUGAAGAAAUCUCGCGGGAAAUUUAUCAAGCCAUGGGAGAGUCCAGAUGAAAUGGAAUUAGAUGAGCUGCUUAAGGAGAUAUCUAGGAAGCGCAGAAGCAUCCGUUAUGGGAGAGAAGUUGAAUUAAAGCCAUAUAUUGCCGCUCACUUUGAUGUCCUUCCCACUGAGUUCACCCUGGGGGAUGACAAGCAUUAUGGUGGAUUUACAAACAAGCAACUCCAAAGUGGUCAAGAAUAUGUCUUCUUUGUGUUAGCAGUAAUGGAACAUGCAGAGUCUAAGAUGUAUGCAACCAGCCCUUACUCCGACCCCGUGGUGUCAAUGGAUCUGGAUCCACAGCCAAUCACGGAUGAAGAAGAAGGCUUGAUCUGGGUUGUAGGCCCUGUCCUUGCAGUGGUCUUUAUCAUCUGCAUUGUCAUUGCUAUUCUUCUUUAUAAAAGCAGUAAACCCGACAGGAAGAGGGCAGAGUCCGACUCUAGAAAAAGCAGCAUACCGAACAGUAAGGAGAUCCCUUCACACCACCCAACAGACCCCGUAGAACUGAGGCGCCUUAACUUUCAAACACCAGGUUCAGAUGAUUCCGGUUACCCUGGUAACCUUCAUUCUUCAAGUAUGGCUAGCCAUCCUCCAAUACCCAUCUUGGAACUUGCAGACCACAUUGAAAGAUUGAAAGCAAAUGACAACUUGAAGUUUUCCCAGGAAUAUGAGUCAAUUGACCCUGGCCAGCAGUUCACAUGGGAACAUUCAAACUUGGAAGUAAACAAACCAAAGAAUAGAUAUGCGAAUGUAAUCGCAUAUGAUCAUUCCCGGGUUCUCCUAUCAGCUAUAGAAGGGAUCCCAGGAAGUGACUAUGUGAAUGCCAACUACAUAGAUGGCUAUAGGAAACAAAAUGCCUAUAUUGCAACACAGGGAUCUCUCCCCGAAACAUUUGGGGACUUUUGGAGAAUGAUAUGGGAACAACGGAGUGCCACAGUUGUCAUGAUGACAAAACUAGAAGAAAGAUCAAGGGUGAAGUGUGACCAGUAUUGGCCUAGCAGAGGCACAGAAACCCACGGACUGGUUCAAGUAACGCUGCUCGAUACUGUGGAGCUGGCCACAUACUGUGUUCGAACAUUUGCACUUUACAAGAAUGGUUCAAGUGAGAAGAGAGAAGUGAGACAAUUCCAGUUCACCGCCUGGCCUGAUCAUGGUGUUCCAGAACACCCUACACCUUUUCUAGCUUUCUUACGUAGAGUCAAAACCUGUAACCCUCCCGAUGCUGGUCCGAUGGUUGUGCACUGCAGUGCGGGAGUUGGCCGGACUGGUUGUUUCAUCGUCAUAGAUGCCAUGUUAGAAAGAAUAAAGCAUGAAAAAACUGUAGAUAUUUAUGGCCAUGUAACUUUAAUGAGAGCCCAGAGGAACUACAUGGUUCAAACAGAAGACCAAUACAUCUUUAUCCAUGAUGCACUGUUAGAAGCAGUGACUUGUGGAAAUACCGAAGUGCCAGCUAGAAACUUGUAUGCCUACAUUCAGAAGCUGACACAAAUAGAAACAGGAGAGAAUGUCACAGGAAUGGAGCUCGAAUUUAAGCGUCUAGCCAGCUCAAAAGCUCACACCUCAAGAUUUAUCAGUGCCAAUCUUCCAUGUAAUAAAUUCAAAAAUCGCCUUGUUAAUAUUAUGCCAUAUGAAUCCACAAGGGUAUGCCUGCAGCCUAUCCGUGGAGUAGAAGGAUCUGAUUACAUCAAUGCCAGUUUUAUUGAUGGCUACAGACAACAGAAAGCCUACAUCGCUACCCAGGGGCCCUUGGCAGAGACCACUGAAGACUUCUGGCGGAUGCUCUGGGAACACAAUUCCACCAUCGUUGUGAUGCUCACCAAGCUGCGUGAAAUGGGCAGAGAGAAAUGUCACCAAUACUGGCCAGCAGAACGGUCUGCAAGAUACCAGUACUUUGUUGUAGAUCCCAUGGCUGAGUACAACAUGCCACAGUACAUCCUAAGGGAAUUCAAGGUCACAGAUGCCAGGGACGGCCAGUCCCGAACAGUAAGGCAGUUCCAGUUCACUGACUGGCCAGAACAAGGAGUGCCAAAGUCCGGAGAAGGAUUUAUUGACUUCAUCGGCCAGGUCCAUAAAACAAAAGAACAGUUUGGCCAAGAUGGACCCAUUUCGGUCCAUUGCAGCGCGGGUGUUGGAAGAACUGGAGUCUUCAUAACAUUAAGCAUUGUUUUGGAAAGAAUGAGAUAUGAAGGAGUCGUAGAUAUCUUCCAGACCGUCAAAAUGUUAAGAACACAACGACCAGCUAUGGUACAGACAGAGGAUCAGUAUCAGUUUUGCUAUCGAGCCGCACUAGAGUACCUGGGCAGCUUUGAUCACUAUGCAACGUAGAAACCCCUGACCCAUUCUGGAUUUUUACUACAGGCCCUUCAAUAUCCAUGGAGUCUCUUCUGAGCCAUACAGGGCACUUGAGAAGUCCUUCUUAACUUCUAGCUAACAACUACUUAGUGGGACUAUUACACACAAAACAAAUUAAAAACAAAUUAUUCCAGGUGGACCAAGAAUUCACAGUUUAAUAAUCUAACCUGAAAAAUAAUGGAGAAUCCUGACUGAUGAGGCAUCUGAAGGAUUUUAUUUACAGAUACCUCAAGGAUUCAAAAUCAAGGGAAGAAGAAAUCACAGCAAAGAACCACCAUCUUAUUCAGGAUUGUUUGAAAGGUGCAAGGAGAAAUUGCCAGAAUGCUGCAAUUCAGCCCAAGAUGUGUGCUGGUGUGGCUUCUCACAGCGAAAUGGACUCUGCUUUGACAUCACCCCUUCCCACCAUACUGCUCAUAAUAACAUUUUAGGGGGAAAGGGAGGGGGGAAUGUUUAAAAAGAAAGUCCUUGAUUUAGUUUUUUAGUAUUGUAAAGAUACUGCUGACCUGUGCUUCAUUUCUAACUGUGUAAACUUUUUUUUAACAAAAUGUAUCAUUCGAUAAAGUGAAUUUUAAAAAAGUUACAUAACUCUUCAUUUUUUUAUUUCCAAAUCGUAGGUUUUUUUAAGCUGUAGAACUGUUAUCUGUAAUAUCUUGCUGUAGAAAUAUCAAAUAAUUUGAAAAUUUGCACAUUUUUGUGCAAUACUCAAUCUACAGUAUCAGUCUCGUCAGAUAUAUUAAUUUUACACUUCUGUUCAGUUUUGAUUGGUGAGAAAGUACCCAUUCUCUUCAAAUUAUCAAAGAUAAUUAUUAUUUUGUUUUGAUUUUGGAAUCAACAGGGAGGCGCAAAGUAUAAAGUUGCUGCUAACAUAUAUACAUAUAUAUCCAAAUUUUACAAGGGUGUCUAUGUAUAUAUAGACAGUGUGUCCACACAAAAAAUAGAUAUAGCUAUCAGUUCUUCCAUGAUUUAGUUUUUUUAAAUGUAGAAAAGCUAUUGUAAACAUCUCUUUCCAUUUAUUCUUAAUUUUUUGACAUAUUGGUAUUUCUUAAUAUCACAAAACUUUAAUUUUUUAAAGGGAAAUGAGGAAUGCACAUCAGUGAUUGUCAAACCUCACCCCCUAAUUUCCUACCCAAUGUCCCCCCACCUACCCAAUCAUAUUCACUAAUUCUGUUUUGUCAGGCUUCCAACAAAGUUCAAUAUUUCUAACACUCUAGUGCAAUAAAAAUUAUUAAAUAGCUAAGAGGUGUGCAUGUGGGAAAGGUCAGUGCAUAUCCCUUUAGGAGGGGAGAAUGUUGUAAUAUAUCAGCUAUCGAGUUGUUUAAAAAAAGUGUAUUCAAUCGUAUAUUGUCUAUAGUAUGUGCUAUGAAAUUUGCAUUUAUGAUAUGUAACAGGGGCAAAGCCAAAUUCAUGUUACUCUGUUCAGUCAGAAACAUUUUGUGGCAUACAGCAUUCCUGGGAAGUGCUGUACCUUGUUUCGUUUUGGUUUUAGUUUUGCAUUUAGAGUGCCUUAUAAUUGAUGCCUAUUUUAAUAGCAUUUCUUUUUAGCUUUUGGUUCGUAUUUCCAUUCACUGUUCGUAUCUGUUACUCUUUCUAUUAAAGCAUUAUCUGUUUACCACAUGUACAAAAACUCUUUGAAUAAUAUGCAUUCCUAGUUUUCAGCCAAGUCGGGGAUGUUAGUGAUUGUACCAGCCCAAAGCACUUGGAUAAUCAGGGCCCUUCUUCCUUUUAUAAUCGUCAACAUCAGAAAAAGCUACUUGUUUUAUUUAUAUUCCCUUCCAAAUCUGCUCUGGAACAUGCAGUAACUGCACCAAACUUAUUUUAGUAACAAAUAUCAUUGGCAACUUUGGAAUAUAUUUGAUAUUCCAUUAGAAUUUUUCUAAAAGGGGAAAAAUAUAUAUAUAUAUUAUAUAAAUAAAUAUAUAUAUAUAAUAUAUAUAUAUAAAACCCCCAAUUCUUCCAACAUUCUAUAGGAAGUCAUGGAUGAUGGCAUGAGUUUGCCACAUUUUACACGAUUUUAAAUAAUCCUCAAAAUAUCCAAGGAACUCUUAAAGAGUUUUGGUAUGAGUAUACUGCUUUGGUUUAAUUUUAGCUUCAUGGAUGUUCUGCAUGGAAGGAUUUUUGUUUUCCACAUUUUCCCAUUGCUAGCAGAAUGAAAUCCAAGAGACCAAACACUUGCAAGCAUUGUAUUUGAGCACUUUUGUAAAAAACAAAGAAAAAGAAAAAAAAGAAAAUAUAUAUAAUACUUAAAAAAAAGUAUCUAGAAGGCUACCUCAGAAUGAGACUCUCUAACCUACAUCAGAACCAGAGAAGAAUGUGCACUAUGUGGGUCUGUUAUCAUUUUCUUUUCGUUUGUAUCUUUUUGGAGAUUUAUCCAAGUGCCAGAUUACUCAGUGCUAUAAUUUUCUUUUAGUUGAACAAAGGGGGUCAGAUAGACAUUGCAUCAUCCAGACAUGCCUUGUUGGACAUGUAGAAUCCGAUGGAGCAUUGCACACCAGAAUGAUUAGCCAAUGAGCAGCUUCUCUCCCUGAAACAAAAACUGCCCAUUUGGCAAAGGGAAAGAUGACAAUAAUCAGAAGAAGAAAAUGAAUGGGAUGCAUACCAUAGACGAACGAGGCGGAGACUAUUGCGGGAAUCUUACUGUUCAGGAGCUGUUCCUAGAACUAACUCCCUUACUGUCAUUGAUGUGCAUUCCACUCUGUGCUUUUCUGUACAACCAUCCAAGUUUUAAUUUCCCAGGUAAAACAUCUUUAUCUGCCAUUACCACAAGCUUUCGAGUUUCCAGUUAUUUUCAUCAUCAUAACCAGUACGGUGCUAUUAUUUACCUAUGUACGUGUAGUUAUGUAUAAUUUUGUAAUUAGUUACAAUGGUAAAAAAAAAAUCAAAAUAUAUAAAAAGUGAUUUGUACAGAACUUUAUUUUAGCUCUUUUUUAAAAAUGAUUUGCAUGGUUAGAAAACGGCGAGGACAGCCAGGGGAGGGAAGGGCCUCUAGGGAACUUUGCACUUUCUAUACCUUUGUACUAUGCACUGCCCUAUUGAUUCUACACCCAAUAAUGAUAUUACUUGAACCCAUCUGUAAGAAACUGCUUCGGAAAUUCAUUUGUGUGUAUGUAAAUAACACAACAUAGAAACAGGAAGGGAAAAAAGUCUGCAGUAAUGCACGUAUUUUUUUUUCUUUCCUGUUUAUUUUCGGUUUUGCUUUGUUUAAGUCCUUCCUUUUGUUUUUAAUUCCCUUUUUGUUUUUCUUUUUGGGUUUUGGUUCCUUUUGGGUUUAUGGGUGCCCUGAUACUCCAGCAGAGAUCAGAAGGCUACAGAUCCAUUCUAUCCAUCCGUUAUGUGGCUUUGCCAUCCCAGCUUGGAGUGUCUUUACAAAGAUAAUAACAGUUGUGUUCUUUGCUCUCGUUUUGGAUGCAUAGACUGAAAAAUUUAAAAAAAUAACUUGUAAAAUGGCUUGUUAAAAAAAUACAAUUACCUCUAAUUAGUAGUACGCGUAAAUGUUUUACAGAAUGAAAGGCGUGCUUUUUAUUUUCUUACUUCGUUACAUUGGUGGCGAAAGAAGUCUGUAUGAAAAUCAGUUCUUUGCUGACACAAGUUCCAUUUGUUACAAAUGAAUUCUAAUAAAAAUGUCAGUGUUAUGCA